GUGUGCCGCGGCCGCCGGCGGGGCGCGCUCCCGCUCCGCUCCGCUCCGCUCCCCCCGCACGCACAUUGUCCGGGCGGCGGCGGCAGAGCGCCCUGGCGCCCGGUGCCAAUGCGGGGCGGGCGCGGCACACCGGGGGCGCCUCCACCACCGCGGUGGAAACUUCACCUCGCCGCCGGGCCGAGGCGCGGCUGAAGCCCCCGGCGGGGCCGGGCCGGGCGGGGAGGAGCGGAGCGGAGCGGCGGCGAGGAGAACGAGGAGGAGGAGGAGGAGGAGGGGGGUGCUCGCCCGCCUGGGGGGCGCCUCGUGUUGUUUGAUUUUCCUCCGCUGGAAGAAAAAAAACCAAAACAAAACAGAUAAUAUUAUUAUCCCGCUUUAAACUUCCGCGCCCCGCUCUCCAGGACGCGCAUCCCAUCCGGCGGGGUGGACGAGCCGGUGGUGGUGCUCCUGGAACUCCUGCUCUGGGGUUGGCUGGAAGAUGACCGAAUAUAAGCUGGUGGUGGUGGGAGCUGGUGGUGUCGGGAAGAGUGCUUUGACAAUACAGCUCAUUCAGAACCAUUUCGUUGAUGAGUAUGACCCCACGAUAGAGGAUUCCUACAGAAAGCAAGUUGUCAUUGAUGGAGAGACCUGCUUGUUAGACAUCUUGGAUACCGCAGGGCAAGAGGAAUACAGUGCCAUGAGAGACCAGUACAUGAGAACAGGGGAAGGAUUCCUCUGCGUCUUCGCCAUCAACAACACCAAGUCCUUUGAAGAUAUUCACCAGUACAGGGAGCAGAUCAAGAGGGUGAAAGACUCAGAUGAUGUUCCCAUGGUGCUGGUGGGAAAUAAGUGUGACCUGCCAGCCCGGACAGUGGAGACCCGGCAAGCGCAGGACCUGGCCCGGAGUUACGGGAUCCCCUACAUAGAAACGUCUGCCAAAACCAGACAGGGCGUUGAAGAUGCAUUCUACACCUUGGUGCGGGAGAUCCGUCAGCACAAGCUGCGCAAACUGAAUCCCCCAGAUGAGAGCGGCCCUGGCUGCAUGAACUGUAAAUGUGUGAUAUCGUGAUUACGCUGACUGGACCGUGUCUUGGAGAGGUUCCCACUGUGCAGAGUGCAAGGAAAGAGGUGAAGCGAAGGAAGAAGCAAACGGAUUCAGGGGAGGAGUAUGGGGGGAGGGGGAGAGGAAGAGGAGGAAGAGGACAGGGGGAGCAUGAGCCCCUCCAAGGACUAUCUCGCACUUCACCCAAGCCUGCAGCAAACGACUUUUUUUCUUUUUUUUUCUUUCCCCAUCCCCUCCUGCUUUGGCCUCCUCCCACCCUGGCAACUGUACAAAGCCACAGAUUGAAUCACACUAAAUUAUUAUUUGAUGGUCUCGACAAA